CAUAAUACUUCCUCCGUUCAAGUGGCUCGUAAGAUAUAGAAAUUGACUAUCCCGUUGCGUCGGCAGUAUUUAAAAUUUUGUGUGAAGUCUACAUGUAUAGCUCAUUUUUUUGUGCAAGUAUUAUUUUUUGCUGUGAUCAAAUCACGCGAGGGUAUAUUAUCUAACUAGCUGUCGUAUUUGGAUGGUUGAAAAUGAUCCCCGACAACGUAACGCUAAUUGUUAAGGCCCCAAAUCAGCAAAUCGAGGACCAGAAUAUUGAGUGCCAAUCUUCAUGGACGGUGAAGCAACUGAAAGGCCACCUCUCGGAGGUCUACCCUAGUAAACCGGGUGCAGAUGAACAAAAAAUCAUAUACUCAGGCCAGUUGUUAGAUGACAACACAGUGCUCAAAGAUGUCCUACGAACAUACGAAAGCCAGAUAGCACACACUAUGCACCUUGUGUGCACACCAAAAAGGAACAUAGAACCUCCAGCACUAACUCUUGAUGGACUUAGACAAAGAAAUGUCGGUGACAGAGCAGAGCCUAUCCAAGUAUCAAGGCCAGAGACAAGACAGAAUGACCAGAACCAUACAGUGGAAAUGCAGAACUAUUUGAGUUCCUUUGUCAACAAUUAUGGUCGGGUACCACCUUACCCAAACAACUAUAACAACUUUGGUGGAAGGUUUCUGCCGGUGAAUCCUAAUGAUCACGCGUCAUACGCAAAUCAUAUGAUGAUGAUGCAGCAAGCGUACUUGCAGUAUAUGCAGCAAUAUGCCAAUAUGUGGCAAGCAACCCACAACGCGGUCCCCGCAGCCCCGCCCGUACCGGAGAUCCCCGCUGCGCCAGAGCCCGCGCCAGCGCCCGAGGACGACGAGGCGCCCCGCGACUGGCUCGACCAUCUAUACGCGGCAUCGCGCAUCGCUAUACUGUUCUCGCUAGUGUACCUGUACGGGAGCCCGGCGAGGCUGCUCCUCGUGUUGCUGUUGGCCGUGGCUGGCUACUUGCACCAAAUCGGCUUCUUCCGAGACCUCCACGUCAACCAGCCACCGAGACCGCAGCCGGCCCCGCGCCCGGCCAACGUUGGGCUCGACCAAGCUCAAGCCCCGGCCAACCAAGCCCCCGUUGACCAAGCACCCGUCAACCAAGCUCCAGUGAAUGAACCAGCUGCCCCAGUCAACGCUGAAGCUGUUAACGCUGUCCCACAGGUAAACCACGCCAGUGAAACCACCCCACCCGAAGACAACCAGCAGUCUCUGUUAGCGGCAUCAUGGAUGAUUUUCACCACGUUUUUCGCCUCCUUAAUACCAGAUACCAACUAGUGUUUCGUGAAACUAGUGUCAAUAUUUAGGAUCGUCUGUAAUUUAUGGGUUACGUACGUUGAAAUUGUAGUUUUUCGGCUGCCUUUAUAAAUUCUAAAAUUUAUGAAGGACGGAAAGCAUUCGGUAGAAAAACUUGUUUAAUCAUUUCCCGAAUUUAUCAUGUGAUAAAUAUAACGUACGGGAAUUUUGACAGAUUGGAUGAUGUCGGCGCCAUUUUUUUAAAGUAAUCGGCUUAUUAGAUAUCACUGAUCUACAAUGAUGUUUACGCUUAAAGAUAAUUUAAGUGUGCAAAAGAGACGCCAUCACGUAUAUGAACAUUUCAUAAGUGCGAAAGAGGCGAACUACAAAUGGAAAAACGAGACCACAUUUGAGCCUCAUCAACGAAAAGCUUUAUUUAGGAUGACACUUAAACAUCAAUCCGAAUUUGGUCGUACUUUUGAUUUUUGUCAGGCAAUUGAGGGAAUCUUGUACACUGUAGAUCUGUGUAAGAUAUUGCAAACUGCACUUACGGUGUGCCUUUGUCGAUACAAGCCUCCUAGAAGGUGUUGUAGAGUCGAAGACAUUAACUAAAAUAUAUGUACCUAUACAUAUAAGUACUAAUAGACGAGUACAACUAACUAGUGAAAUUAUGAAAUGAAUUCAUAAAAUUUGCAAAAUUAUACUAUUGAGUAUUGAGACUACUUUCCAAAGUUAUUUCACGGAUGACUCCAUAGCCUUUCAAGUGGCAUAUGU